AGGCAUACACUUGCAGCCACCAAUCAGCAACAAGCUCAAGGUAGUGCAUUGCUGUUCCUGCGCUUACCUAGAUUGUUGCUGAAUCCUUCUGAAAUACCCAAUGAGGAAGUUAUUUUGUUAUUAAUGAAAUGGAAUCCAUAUGUCAGUCAUUCUUAAAGACAAUAUACUUUAUUAAGCACAAAUUACUGGGCUUCACAAUUGAUGAACCAGCUCCUCCACCACCAUGGUCUUUAGAAUCAGCUUUUCAGUCAUGGAAUAUUUAUUCUAAAGCAUCGUUUGCUGCUUCUUUUAUUUGCUUUAUUGUGUACCUUACUUUAUUUUUAUGCAAAAAGAAAACCUAUGAUUCUAGAGUUGUCACCCGGAAAAUAACUGUUUCCAGUUUAAAUGCCCAGGCUGCACCUUUUCGACCUCUCCUGGACACCUGGUUCCGUGUUCUUGCUUUGUUUUUAUUAAUGUGCAUAUUCAUCAGUCUACCAUGGGAAUGGGUUCGCUUGUAUCAGAUUGAAGUAGCUAAGAAGACCACAGUGUUGUCAGAGGGAUACUCAAAGAGCUGCUACCGAGAUGACCUAUCCCUAUGGGCAACAAUUAAAGUCUGGCUCUCUUGGAAUUUCUCCUGGAACAGUGACUCCUGUGAGGACUAUUACAAAGCUCUCAUAGUGGACCCUUUCUGGGAAGUGACUCCUUUGAUGGCAAUAAGCUCAGCAAUUGGAAGAAUCAUCAUACACCCCAUGGAACAACUUAGCCAUAUUGUUGGCAGGAGCCUGCGCAAUGUCAUGAAGGAGAUACCCAGCCAAUGGCAGCCACUGGUCUUCCUUUUAGUGCCUCUAGUCUGCAUUACCAUGCUGGCUGUAGCCUAUUUUAGGAGAAAACACACAACCAUUGUUCAAUGUCAAAGAAAUGAAAUUCCCAGGUCAAGGAGGAAGGCUAAAGGUGUUGUUCAGUUGCGAGGUUGACAUUUUUCUACAAGCACAACUACUGGACAAUCAAUUUUAUUUUUGGACUGUCAUUUUUUUAAUAAGAAAAACUAAUUUUUCUUUCAGGGUGGUCUCUUAGCUCCACAAAGGUGGGGGUUUUUUUAAUCGAAGAAAGUAUAAUAUAAGAGAAAAUAUAUUAUAAAAAAUGAUUUUACAGGAUUUUUUGCAUGAGAAACACAUUUGGCUAACACUGUCAGGCAUCAAACUCAAAAGGAUUAAACCUGUUGCCAGUACCUUGGAAUCAUCACAGAAAGAAAUAUGAGAAGACUUCUGAGUAUUUAUUCAGCUAUAUUUCCAAAAUAAAUUAGUGGCUGUAGUAGGAUUUUUUAAAUAUAGACUUUUGAUUAAGCAGCAUAGGAUGUAAGGUACAUUAAACACUAAACAAAUCUCAGAUAUAAUAAUGUAUUAAAGGCAAAAAUUAACCUGAGAAUAAUAUGCACAUGUAAUUUUUUUCAUUAUUUUAGUUUAAAUAUUGAAGGAAUAAGUGUAAAGUUUUGGCAUUCAUUAAACCAUGUUCAAAUGCAUGUUUCCAUUAUUUGUAGACAGUUCCUUUCUGCUGAGGACAGUUAGGGACAGAUAUAGAAGAGGCACUACAGUGUGCAAACAAUGACGGUGUGGGAUAUAACAAUGUUAAAUGGAAAAAAAAAACGUGUUACUUUAUCAGCUCUUUAUGACUAUUACUAACUAGCCUCAGCAGGGGAUAUACAAUAAGAACGGCUUUUAAAUUUAAACGGCCUUUACAUUUGUUUAUAACUUUAUAGAGAUGCAGGGGAAUUAUAAAGCCCCCAAUUAUGAGAGAAAAAUUACAGGAAACGGUUUCACAAAUAAAUAAUAAAAGUAUAUUGCAACAUUUUUAUAGCAAUCUCAAAAUGUUUAAUGUCCCUUUAACGUGCUGAUAACAAAAAAGCAAAAGAUUAGCCUUUGUUUUGUUUUUUAAAAUAAAUCUUUGUUCCAAAAUAAAAGUACUGUUUUUACAA